AUGACGAAUACUGGCCUACCUCAGACGCCGAUCGCUGCGAGCAGAUCCCAGGCGGCAGCAGGGGAGAAUCCCGAAACCACGCGAAUGAUCCAUUACAUUAGAAGCCACGCAAAUUCUACAGGGGUCAAGGUGGGAUUUGUCUAUGCAACACAGGUACAUAAGAACUCGCCAAAGUCGGAAGGACUCGUCAAAGUCGGAUGUACUGAGAGCGGGAAGGAUGGCCGGGCAACGGCGAUGAAGAGUUGUGGCUUGACUCCUGGAAAAAUAUUCGAAACGAAGGGAUUCCAAGGCGCUUUUCAGGCUGAGGGUUUGAUUCACCUCAUGCUUUCCAAAUGGAACUGUCGUGUUGAAUGCGAAAAUCACCCAAACAAAAGUCUCAAGCCAACCGGACACCGAGAAUAUUUUCGGUGUCCGCUUGGAUUUGCCAUAUCAACAAUCGAUAUCGUAACGUCAUGGUUUCUCCAGGAGCCUUACGAGAUAGUGGGGGGAAUGGGUCGACUGAAAGACGAUUGGAGAGAUGCCCUGGGAGUUUUCGAAGAGAGUCAAAAGUCCGAUCACCCCAUGGAGUGGUUCGAAUUUUUCCUUAUUGACGUGCGGUCGCAACUCGCCUGGAAGUCGAACCCACUACCCUCACACUCUCCGAAGUAUUUGCCCGAUGCGCCGGUACAGAUUCUCGCCAACGGUUCCUUGCGAUUCGCGGUGACUGGUCGAAAAUCCAGAUCCGCCAAAAGCAGUCCUGCCGUUCCCCAGACGGCAUCUACGACCCUCAAGGCGUACCAAACGGCACCAGCUGGACGCCCACUGAGCCAUUCAAAAUCGGCGCCGGCGAAAACAUCUACCCGCUCGGAUCGAAGUCCGUCGCCUGGUGAUACACCGUCAAAGCCACCGAAACACGCACGACCUCGUUCAAGGAACCCGUCAAAGACUGAUCUUUCUUCUGAGUUCGAAAGUGAGGAGAGGAAGGAACGUAGCAGCCAGGAGGGCGGGGAGGAAGGGGAAGGAGAAUACAAUGACAAUGAUAAUCAAGAUCACACAUCCGAUACAGGCGUCGACGGUGCUGGCUUGGCUGCGGGGAUCACCAAAUUAAGCAUUUCCGACGCCAAAUCUUCCAAGAAACCGAAAAACAAUGCGAGCGAUGCGAGGAGGGGUAGGGGACGCGCCGGGAGGCCAAAAGCCAACUGA